CCCCUUCAUCUACCAGCCCCUUCCUCCACCAGCCCCUUCCUCUACCAGCCCCUUCCUCUACCAUCCCCUUCCUCUACCAGCCCCUUCCUCCACCAGCCCCUUCCUCGACCAGCCCCUUCCUCCACCAGCCCCUUCCUCGACCAGCCCCUUCCUCCACCAGCCCCUUCCUCUACCAUCCCCUUCCUCUACCAGCCCCUUCCUUUCCUCUACCAUCCCCUUCCUCUACCAGCCCCUUCCUCUACCAGCCCCUUCCUCUACCAGCCCCUUCAUCUACCAGCCCCUUCCUCCACCAGCCCCUUCCUCUAACAUCCCCUUCCUCUACCAGCCCCUUCCUCCACCAGCCCCUUCCUCCACCAGCCCCUUCCUCUACCAGCCCCUUCCUCUACCAGCCCCUUCCUCCAUAAGCCCCUUCCUCUACCAGCCCCUUCCUCUACCAUCCUCUUCCUCCACCAGCCCUUUCCUCCACCAGCCCCUUCCUCUACCAGCCCCUUCCUCCACCAGCCCCUUCCUCCACCAGCCCCUUCCUCUACCAGCCCCUUCCUCUACCAGCCCCUUCCUCUACCAUCCUCUUCCUCCACCAGCCCUUUCCUCCACCAGCCCCUUCCUCUACCAGCCCCUUCCUCCACCAGCCCCUUCAUCUACCAGCCCCUUCCUCUACCAGCCCCUUCCUCCACCAGCCCCUUCCUCUACCAGCCCCUUCCUCUACCAUCCCCUUCCUCUACCAGCCCCUUCCUCUACCAGCCCCUUCCUCCACCAGCCCCUUCCUCUACCAGCCCCUUCCUCCACCAGCCCCUUCCUCUACCAGCCCCUUCCGCCACCAGCCCCUUCCUCUACCAGCCCCUUCCUCUACCAGCCCCUUCCUCCACCAGCCCCUUCCUCCACCAGCCCCUUCCUCCACCAGCCCCUUCCUCCACCAGCCCCUUCCUCCACCAGCCCCUUCCUCUACCAGCCCCUUCCGCCACCAGCCCCUUCCUCCACCAGCCCCUUCCUCCACCAGCCCCUUCCUCCACCAGCCCCUUCCUCCACCAGCCCCUUCCUCCACCAGCCCCUUCCUCGACCAGCCCCUUCCUCUACCAUCCCCUUCCUCCACCAGCCCCUUCCUCAACCAGCCCCUUCCUCUACCAGCCCCUUCCUCUACCAGCCCCUUCCUCCACCAGCCCCUUCCUCCACCAGCCCCUUCCUCCACCUUCUAUGUGUGUAUGUUUAG